ACGUCCCGCAGCUCUCCGUCCACCGGAGGAAACACACUUCUGCUCUGUCUUUAACUCCUCCGCACCGCAACAGGCGAAUAUUUCAGGUUUGUGUGAGAGCCACUGAGUCUCUGUGAUUGUGUCCCUCGGUGUCCCAGAUGAGGGACUGAUGCUGGGCAGGACUCGCCUCAACCCCUCGGGUCGCCUCUCUCGUCUGUCCCAGUUUAGUUCUACACCUUAAGAGAAGAAGAACACAUCAGGAACAAUGGACGAUAUCUUCACGCAGUGUCGUGAAGGCAACGCAGUGGCAGUCCGCUUAUGGUUGGACAACACAGAGAAUGACCUCAAUCAAGGAGAUGACCACGGCUUCAGCCCCCUGCACUGGGCCUGCAGAGAGGGUCGCUCCAGUGUGGUGGACAUGCUCAUCAUGAGAGGAGCACGCAUCAACGUCAUGAACCGGGGAGACGACACGCCUCUGCACCUGGCUGCCAGUCACGGACAUCGUGACAUUGUGGGAAAGCUGAUCCAGUGCAAAGCAGACACCAAUGCAGCCAAUGAACACGGGAACACACCACUGCAUUACGCCUGCUUCUGGGGCCAAGACCAAGUGGCCGAGGACCUUGUGACUAAUGGGGCUCAGGUGAGCAUCUGUAACAAAUAUGGGGAGACUCCCCUGGACAAAGCCAAACCUCACCUGCGUGAACUCCUCAGAGAAAAGGCUGAAAAACUGGGACAGAACUUGACUAAAAUUCCCUUCAAGGACACAUUCUGGAAAGGCACCACCAGGACUCGACCCCGCAAUGGCACUUUGAACAAACAUGCAGGCGUCGACUACAAACAGCUUUCUUUUCUCGCUAAAAUAAAUGAGAACCAGUCUGGAGAGUUGUGGCAAGGGCGCUGGCAAGGAAAUGAAAUUGUUGUUAAGGUGCUAAAAGUUCGUGACUGGACCACGAGGAAAAGCAGAGACUUCAAUGAGGAAUAUCCCAAACUAAGGAUAUUUUCCCACCCGAAUGUCCUACCCAUGUUGGGAGCAUGUCAGUCUCCUCCCGCCCCUCACCCCAUCAUCAUCACACACUGGAUGCCUUAUGGCUCCCUCUACAACGUGCUGCAUGAAGGCACCAACUUUGUGGUGGACCAGACGCAGGCAGUGAAGUUUGCGCUGGACAUUGCUUGCGGAAUGGCUUUCUUGCAUACACUUGAACCCAUGAUUCCUCGCCAUUAUCUCAACAGCAAGAGCGUAAUGAUAGAUGAAGACAUGACAGCGAGGAUCAGUAUGGCAGACGUCAAGUUCUCCUUCCAGUGUCCUGGCAGGAUGUACUCGCCUGCAUGGGUAGCCCCCGAGGCUCUGCAGAAGAAGCCGGAGGAGAUCAACCGUCGCUCAGCAGACAUGUGGAGCUUCGCCAUCCUGCUGUGGGAGUUGGUGACCAGAGAAGUGCCGUUCGCUGACUUGUCCAACAUGGAAAUAGGCAUGAAGGUUUCCUUGGAGGGUUUGAGGCCCACCAUCCCUCCUGGCAUCUCCCCCCACAUUUGCAAGCUCAUGAAGAUAUGCAUGAACGAAGACCCAGCAAAGAGGCCGAAAUUCGACAUGAUUGUGCCAAUUCUGGAAAAAAUGCAGGACAAGUGAAAACCCAUCUCCAGCCCUCGUUUAUUGAACCGACAGAUUUAUUUUUGUUUUUUUUUUUUACCCCAGAUAUGACUCUGAUAUGGUGGUGUGGUGCUUACCAGUAUUGCCUUAAACUCUUACUCUACCGCUGCAUUCGACGCCACUGUAGCUUCUGCUUCUGAGAUGAGUCCAGCAGCAGUCACUUCUUUUAUAUUGUUUUUUUUUUUCAGUGUAUAUCAAGUUUUUAUUACUGUCUUCGUCACUGAUCUGCUGAUACUGUCUCGGAGCCUAGUAGCGAAUGUUCAUCCUCUAAACCGUAAUUGCGUGGACUGAGUACAAUCUUCUUCAAGCGACCGAAUAGCCUGUGGAGGUCAGCAUGACAGUACUGGAUUGCUCCGGUUAAUUUAAGGCCUUAUUUUAUCCAGAGAGGGCUCAACCGUUAAAGAGUCACCUUCUAAGGUUACUGCUCCUUUUAUACCGGCGGCUCGUAAUAAUAACAUAUUAACCCAAAGCGUGUCUUAUGGGGGAAAAAAAAAGGUUUAUGUUUGUCAUUAUAGGAGCGACGUAGAACAGGGGCAAGCAUGACAAAUGUCUGAAACAGAGCAUUUAAACAUGUAUAGUUGAUUAAACUUGAUAUGAAUGAGCGGUGCCCUUGAGUGCAGCAGCAGCGUUGUGCCAUUCAGCUUGGCUGUGUAGUGAUGAUGAGCUUAUCUUUGGUCCCUGAUUGUAUCCUGUACAACCUGCUGACAACUAUUUAAAACUGGCCUUACACACCUUUUCGUGCUGCAAAACUGUCAGUGUUGAUAUUGAAAGAUUACAUUCACAACGCAAGAUUCUCUCGUCUAUUGUAUUCAUGUAAUCCGCUAGAUUACUUAUUGUGAUCAUCUAAUCUAGUCUAUUUUCAGUCCUUUCCCUUCAGUCUUUAAUACACUAUUUGAAUUCCGUUAGCGCUGCUGUUAAUUAAAGAGAAAAGGCAGCCUCUGUCAACAUGUCUCAAAGUGUUUAACUCAGAUGUUAUUUUCAUGUUGAAUACUGGAACUGUCUGAAGCCCAACAUGUAAAGGCUCGUUUUCCUUGUAAUGUGAGGAAUGAAUACCGCAGCCCACACGGUAAUUUAUUCACGGAUAACACAGGUACAGUUAUAAUUAGUUGCUCCUAGUUUUAUGGUUAUAUCAGAGGCUGUAACAUUAAGGGGUGAAAUCAAGAUUGUGCACAGUGUUACAUAGUCGUCUCAUUUUUGUUCUUUGGUCCUGACUUUAUAUCGAUCUCAUGGGUUGUUCCUCCCACCUGUAUCAGUUCUGUGCCUCCACCAGCUUGCUUGUUUGUGCCGAAUCACAGGUUGAAGCCAAAAUCAAGAAUGACUUAUACAAAUGUAUGUAUUUAUAUAUAAGUAUAUUAAAAAUGAAACAUGGACAACUUGAAUGUGUACAUUUGUAGUGGGAAGUGGACAUCACUGGGUUAUUAAGGAAAUGUGUAAACUCUCUAAAUGAAUAAAGGCUUUAAGUAUUGGA